AUGUCUGGUGGAUCUUUGGGACCGCUGAUGCUGGCGGUGAUGUUCACAUUGCUGUCACUUUCAACGGUGUUCAUGGUGCUGAGGUUUUACUGCCGCAGUGUUAUUAUUAAGAAUAUCGGAAGCGAUGAUUGGAUCAUGCUGGUAGCUUUUAUCAUGGCAUGGGGAAUGGGAGUGACGAACUAUUUCCACGUAUACUACGGCACUGGAAAGCACACGGUUGACUUGGACUAUGCCAACAUAAUCAUCCCAACGCUGAAGCUAUGUAUCCUCUCGUUCUACCGCCGAUUAUCACCCGCGAGAGGUUACCAAAUGGCCAUCUAUAUCGUUAGCGGUGUCAUCGUCGCCUAUACAUUUGCCAUGUUUUUUGUCAACGUCUUUGAGUGUCCGAAGGAUCCAAGUCGUGCUUGGGCGCCGACCUUCCCACAAGGUUGCAAUGAUCUUGUAGUCGUUUAUUAUGCAAUGGCGUCUUUCAAUAUCUUGUCGGAUAUCGUGAUAUUGUUGCUGCCGCUGCCUUCGUUAAUGAAGUUGCAGGUUAAUAAAAGGAAACGAGUUGCACUCUUGUUGAUCUUCUCGUGUGGGAGUGUGGCGGUUGUGGCCUCGAUUGUGAGGAUUAAUGCUCUUUACAAGUAUCAAACUGCGGUAUUGACAGGCGGAGAUAUCCCAUAUAUUGCUAUUUAUAUCCUCCUCUGGUCACAGAUCGAAGUCAACGUUGGCAUUAUUAGUGCUUCUGCGCCGGCUUUAAAGCCACUUGUCAGAUCAAUCCUCGGGGGCACCACCUUCGCAAAAUCCAGCUAUGCACAAGGCGGUGAAUUGGGCUAUUCUGGAAAUCCUAGUAGCAGGCACGGAAUACCACUGCACUCGUUGAAUGGAAGUGUAGCACAAGGGGUCACUACUGAGAUCCAAGGGCGUGAAAGGAACGAGAGUGAGGAGAAUAUUGUCAUGAAGAAUGACGAGAUGAUCCGGACAGUCGAGGUAAAGGUGGACCUGGAGCGCGAGGGCUCAACUGAUAGUAUUAGGCAGUUGGAGUUUGGAAGGUAA